UUCGCUUACUUCCAUCUGAGGGGGACUUGCGUCAGCUCGGGGCCCGAUCCGCCUCACCGGCGCCCGUCAGCCUUCUCCGCCUCCGUCACAAUUAACUAACCUGAGGUGAAAAAGCAACCAUGGCUCCUUUUGAGAAAUCCAUGGAGAUGACACCCUUCAAGCAGAGGAAGUGUCUUGCAACAAGAAAAGAUGAAGUGUGCAGUAUUCGGUCUAAAUUUCCCAAUAAGUUACCUGUGAUUGUAGAGCGUUACAUCCGUGAGAGGACUCUUCCUCUGCUGGACAAAACAAAGUUUCUGGUUCCCUUUGAGCUCACUUUGGGUCAGUUCCUCUGCCUGCUCAGGAAUAAAAUCGCACUGGACCCGUCCCAGACUCUGUUCCUCCUGGUGGCAGAGAGAAGCAUGUCCUGCAUGUCCUACAGCAUGGGAGAGAUCUAUUCUCGCUUCAGAGAUGCUGAUGGCUUCUUGUACAUCACCUACGCCUCGCAGGAGGUGUUCGGAGCCUGUGAGCUGGCAGCCAGGCCGUGUUGCUGAGGCUGAGAUGGAUAGAAAUGAACUGAAGCCCGGCUAACAUCACACAGUCAGGCUGGAGGAGGGGAAAGAUCCAUCUGAGCCAAAUGAGACAUUUUUACCCAGGUACAUCUGUCUACCUCAGCAAACUUCUCUUCUUACUGGACUCUUCGGCUCACAAUACCAGACUAAAGAGGUCAGAAAGGACCCUGAUGGAGACGUUUGUUUGGACCAGUUGGCUUUUAUUUCAUCAGUAACCUUCACUCAAUCACCUGUUCGCAGUAUAGACAAUUGUUCAUUUGAAACAGAGUUGAAAUCCUCACAGACUUCAUAAACGUACAAAGAUUGUGUUUUUUGUGAUGUUUUGUCUACUUGCAGGUGUGUUUCUCUAUGGCUGUAACUUUUAGAGUUAUUAAAGGAUCAGGUGGCACCGACAAACCAGGUAAACAUCAGGUACCUUUUUCAGUUCAUUGCUCAGCUCUUAACUCUUCAUCCUCAUCUUCGUCCACCCAAGAAUGUGAACUCGUCCCACAGACUCAUCAUCGAACACCGAGGU